AUGGCAAAGGGUACGAGCGCCAUCGAUCCGAGCAACUUUGCUUCCCUUGCACUCACACACGUUCAGUAUGACCCCUCGGAUGGAUUGGCAAAGCUAAUGGCGCUCGUCACGCUCUCGCCCAUCUUCCUACUGUGCUCGUACGUGACGAUCAUACUGCUGCGUCGCGAGCUUACCUUUAUCAAUGCGCUGAUCGGGCAGCUGGCCUGCGAAGGCCUCAAUUGGGCACUCAAGCGGCUCAUCAAGCAGCCGCGCCCGACGGAUAGACUGGGAGCAGGAUACGGAAUGCCUUCCUCUCAUUCGCAAUUCCUCGGCUUCUUUGCUGCGUUCUUCCUGCUUCACUUUUAUCUCCACCGUCCGCCGCUGCUGAAACCUCGUACGCUGGUCAAUUCGAUGAGAAGGCUCGAACAUGCGCUUGCAAUGCUCCUGAUCGCCUUGGUAUCGCUUCUUACCUGCUACUCGAGGCACCAUCUGCACUACCAUACGCCCCUGCAGAUCUUUGUUGGUGCUUUUAUCGGCCUUGGUUUUGGAGGAGCGUAUUACUACUUUACCGAGUACCUUGCUAGAAAGCCGCUCCGGUUGCCAGCUCCACUCGCCGUAUCGCAAAGCUCGUCAGCGUUGGCAAAACGAGCCAACCGUCUCUUGCAGCCGAUCCAGUCCCGAGACAAGCAAGCAGGGACAGGCAAUCGCAGCAAACCACGUAGACCAUGCUCGACACUCGGCGAGAUGAUUUUUCCAGAGCUCCAUCCCUCUCCGCCCAUUCGACAGAUCUUACUCGACCAUCCAAUCGCCAUUGCUUUUCGCAUCAGAGAUAGUUGGGCCGUCUGGAAGGAUGGAGGGAUUGAAGGAGAGUAUCGCGCUUGGAGAGGCGAGUGGGAGGCUCGUAGAGCCUCUUGCUUGACCCGCACCCUUGGCUCAGCACAGAAGCGCAAGAGCAACUCAAACCAGCAUGCCGGUAGCCUGCCGAGACACUACUCGAUGAUGAAGUUAGCACUCGACCAAGCUGACAAGUCUCCACCCACAGACACGGCCUUCUGCGUCGGAUGCGUAAUCUGUGCCACUAGCGAUGCUAUCGCCGUAUCCAGCUCAGAGAUCCUCGCUACUGGAUUCUCGAGAGAGUUAGCGGGCAACACGCAUGCUGAACAAUGUGCUCUUGACAAACUCGCUUGCCAGUUCAACAGGCAGCAAUGCAACAACAAGUCGCUCCCAACGCUCGGUCUGGACCUGUACACCACCAUGGAGCCUUGUUCGGAGCGACUUUCAGGCAAGCUUGCCUGCGUCGAGCGCAUUCUCAGAUUCAACGAGCAGGCUGACGUCUUCACUCUUCCACGCCCUUGCCUACCGCCAUCCCUGCAAACCAGCACCACGCCAUGCGCAGACACAGUUCAAGUCAGGCUGAGAAUCCAUCGCGUCUUUCAAGGAGUCGCUGAACCAGACGAUUUCGUCAACUGUCAAAGCCAGAACAUUCUCAGAGACAGCAACAUCAACGUCUUUACCCUCCGAGCCCAUGAUGAUCCCAAUGGCCAACUCGAGCAGGAUUGCCUCAGGAUCGCACGCAAAGGUCAUCAUCCUUGGAAAACUUGA